CGUAGUCUAAUUAUCUGUCGCAACAUGGAAAACAAAAUAGUCAUUUCCCGUUUGCAAGAACUUGAAAUCAGAUGUUUGCUUUGUGAUUUUCAAAAUUAUGAAUUCUCAUUUUCUGAUUAUUUUGAAAAUUAUAAAUUAAAAGAAACCUUUGAGUGUCUUAUUCGCAAUAUUAUAAAUCAGGAUUAUGAAAUUAUUUUAAAUUUAAAAUUAUCUAAAGUUGGUUUUAAUGUUCAAAGCUACGUAAAACAUAGUUCUUUAAAUGAUUCAGAUUGUAAUUUAAUAAUUGAAAAACGUGACGAUUACUUUCGCACCUUAGAUCAGUACAUUCUCCUAUUCAUUGGUGUUUCUGCACUGCAAGAAUUUCUGAAAGUCAAUAUAACUGGCCCUAUAUCAGUCAAAACUGAAAAUUUUCAGGUUGUAAACGAUAUUAUAUCUGAUAAGGCAAUUGUCAAAUCAGAAAUUGAAAAGCUGUUAAGUCGUGAUGGGGAAUUUAUUUAUACUAAUGUUAACAAUCCGGAAUUGUUGUAUUGCAGUCAGUUAUUUUUGAAUAGCAUUGAUCAUAAUGUGACUGUUUCUAGUAAGUGGUGGUUGGUGCGUUGUUUAUUUGCACACCAAAUGAUUCUUCCGGAGAGAAAUGUUUUUUUAUACAAAAAAAUUAAAAUUCUUCUAGAUGAAAUCUUUUCAUCAAGUUGGAUUAAUAAAAGUGAAAAUUCAACAUCUAAAUUGUUGUAUUUAACCGAAGCUGCUCAGAUGUAUCUGUAUUACCAUGAAGUUCUGUUAGCCAAAAAGUGUUUAGAAAUGACACAUGAAAUUACUGGGUUAGAGAUAAUACUUGAUGGAGCUAUGGGGAAAAGAACACAGCAUCAGCAAAAGCCAGUUGCUCAACUUUUUGUUAAAACACAAAGAAGUGGCUCUGAAAUAAAACUGAAAGAAUUAGAAUACAAUAAUAAUUUCUUUCCUUGUAAUGUUGCCUUAAAUGAUGAUACUUUAUUAAACAAUGUUAAAUUUGUUGAUGAGGAAAAUACAAUAAGUAAUCUUUCUGUGUUUGAGCAAGUUGUUAUAUUGUGCCACUGCUGCUUAAUUAAAAGAAGCAGUAGUUUUGAUGAAUUAUUACAUGAAGAAGUUCUUUCCUAUGUAAAUAGUUUGUUAUUACAACCCAAGGUAUGGUGCAUUUAUGUAAAGGCAUUGAUUCUGAGAUGCCAGUUGGAAAAAAGCAGUUCCCGUCGUAUAGAAAGAGCACUGAUGCAAUUAGAAGCAAUUGUAAAUGCUUUAAAAUCUGAAAAACCCACUUUUUCUGUUCGGCAAUAUUUUCUUUUCUCGUCUGCUUUUCCUACUUAUUGGAUUUUAGAAAAAGAAUUAGCUGAUCUGUUGCUUAGUAUAGGUGCUACAAAAAGUGCUCUGGAAAUAUAUGAGCGUCUUCAACUUUGGGAAGAUAUAAUUGUUUGCUAUCAAAGGUUAGGUAGAACACAUUCCGCAGAAAAGCUCAUUUCUGAGCAACUUGAAAAAAAAGAAACUCCAUUGUUGUGGUGCCUCAUGGGAGAUGUGACAGAAAAUCCAAAUAAUUAUCUGAAGGCUUGGGACUUAUCAGAGCAUAAAAGUGCUCGUGCACAAAGGUCUUUAGGAUACUAUUAUUUCAAAAACAAAAAUUACAAGGAAAGUAUAACACAUUUUGAGAAGACAUUGGAGCUGAACCAUUUACAACUCACAGUGUGGUUUUCUUUGGGAUAUGCUGCAACACAAAUAGAAGAUUUUGAACUCGCUGCAAAAGCUUAUAGACAAGUUGUCACUCUUGAUACAGAUAAUUUUGAAGCUUGGAACAACCUAUCGAAUGCAUAUAUUAAAACGAAGCAGAAGUUGAGAGCAUGGAGAAGUUUGCAAGAAGCUUUAAAAUGUAAUUAUGAGGAAUGGAGAGUAUGGGAGAAUUUCUUACUUGUUAGCAUUGAUGUGGGAGCAUUUGAAGAUGUCAUUCAAUGUUGGCAUCGCUUACUUGAUAUCAAAGGAAAACACCAAGAUUCUGAAGUAUUAGCAAUACUUGUCAAUGCAAUACUGAAAGAUUUACCCGAUGUUAAUGAUGUACCGGCAUCUAGACUGCGUAAGAGAACUUUAGAAUUGUUUGGGAGGCUUACUUCAAUUAUAACAAAUGAUUCUCAAAUUUGGGAAUUAUACUCAUCUUUAUAUAGCUACAAUGACGAAUGUUUCAAGCAAAAAGAUGUUACGGAAAAAGCAUAUACAUUUCAACAAAAAGCUGUUCGAUGUCAGUGUGUAACAGAUCAAUGGGAAAAAGAUUUUAUACUUUGUAGAAAUGUUUUAAAAAGUACUCUAAAGAUGGCUCAGUUAUGCUUAUCAUAUAUCAAACAUUUAGAAGAUGAACUUAAAUUACAGCAGAAAUCGUCUGCUAAAUUGAGUAUUCAAAAUGUUGUAACUCGAUCUAAGAAAUGUGUAGAGUAUUUUUCUGCAUCUGAAACUGAGGAAUUAUUGGCACUUUUAUCAUCAUUAAGCAGUGUACUUGAUGAUAUUUUAUCAAAUUGAAAUUUGAUACACUUGUGUGAUUACGUAUGUAAAUGAGGAAAAUUUUCUACCUUAUUUUUUCAUAAUAUUUUUGUGUCAAACUGUUAAUUUUGCUGAAGGUUUUUUU